AUGCCACAAUCGAGAGCAUCAAGUCCGUACAUACAUUUCGAAGGAGAAGAGGAAGACAGGGAAGUGGACAAUGACACGCCUGAGGUAGUCAUCAACGCCGCAACCCAAAUCCGCGGGCACGGAAACAUUAUAUCCAUUGCGCAAAUGGACAGUGUACGGAUAGCAAACCUCAUCACAAGCCUGCUCAAUUGUGGGGAUAAAAUACCAGUAGACGACGCCACACGACCGCUUACACCUCCAAGCCCAGUGCCACUAGCAACAGCGCAGGCGCAGCGGACAACAAGGACGCAAGUCAGGGGGGUGCACAAGUAUCCUAACAUCAACAUCACGGUCAAUUGCGGUGCGACGGUUCUAGGAGACCGGAACAUUGUAGGGCCAGGACUGGGCGACAUUGCAAGGCAGAUGCAGAUGGCACAGCGAAACCAGGCGGCGGCGCUACAGGCUCAUCAACAAUUGCAACAAAGACAAGCAGCAGCGGCAGCGGGAGCGGCCGUGGCGGCGGCAGCAGUUGCUGCUGAAGAGCAAAAGAUGGCAUCACCGCCAUUGCAGCGAAGCGGUAGUAUGUAUCCGACUGCUACCUCGCCGUCGCAAUACUGCAGGCAAGUGCCCUUGUCGCAUGGAGUUGCAACGCCGCCGAUGAGUCGAAGCUCAAGUCUGCAUAGCGAUGGCGAGAGCCGGAAAAGAAAGGGGCCAGAUGUUUGCGAGGCGGCUGAUGCGAAGAGGCGGUGUUGA